GAUCAGGAGAAAAAAACGCUGACGUACAGUGACGUAAGGACGCAAGACGCAGGCGCAUUGCAUUGUGGUCGCCGGUGAAUGCACAGAAAAAGAAAGCAUCACAGCUCUCCACAGAACUACACUCGUAUCAGACUGGACAGGAGGUUAAGCUUAGUUGGUGAUCUUUGAACGUCUACCCAAAAGCCAUGUCGUCAACAUCCCAGAAACAUAAAGACUUUGUGGCCGAGCCCAUGGGCGAGAAGCCUGUGAUGGCUCUUGCAGGCAUUGGAGAAGUCCUUGGCAAAAGACUGGAGGACAAAGGUUUUGACAAGGCGUACGUGGUCCUCGGGCAGUUUCUGGUGCUGAAGAAAGACGAAGAGCUUUUCCGGGACUGGCUGAAAGACACUUGCUCUGCAAAUGUCAAACAACAAGGUGACUGCUAUGGGUGUCUCAAAGAAUGGUGUGAUGCCUUCUUGUAAAGUGUUCACUCAUCGUUUUCUACUUCUGAAGCCCAAGCUGUACAUUACCUCUUCAGUGACAACUGACACUGUGCACCCUAAUGAAGUUUUUGAAGUCAUUUUUAUAUUUUAAAGUAUAUUUCUUGACCCCAAACAAAAUUCCUACAUGCCAUUUUCUCAUGGUCUUGGACAAGUGGGUCUAGAUUAAACUUCCUUUAAAAUUAUAUUCAUGUUGUGACGUCAGUAUGCCUUUUUAAUGGUGAACAUGUCUUAGUAGUUGCAUGCACGUUAGCAACGCUGUAUUUCAGACACCUGAAUAUAACUCGGCUCCAGUUAUUGGGAAAAAAAGUGCUCAUUUAAUUUGUCUAGGAUCAUUAGAAAACUGCAUUUUUAUUUUGUUAGGGUCAACGUUUUGAUGUUAGGUUGUCAACCGUUGUUCAUGUACUGGGAAUUGACAUCUUUUAAUUUUAAAUACUUUGUUCUAGGUUUAAACCUUCAGACACAUUUUGACGUGUUUCAGUUCAGCACAUAAUUUGUCUCUUGUGAUGUUUUACCAGUACAAUCCAGAAUAAUAUUUGUAUUUGCCUUGUAUCUUUUAGCCAUCUUGCCCUAUUUACCAUUUUAUAAAGCCAUUAGAAAGUCCAUGUAAGCGCUAUUGUUUCUUAAAAGUGCACCAUAUCACCGUUUCGCAUGAUUUCCCUGUAGGACAACGUUGUUAAAGAUUUCUUGUGGAACUAGUUUGUCUGUUUGAAAUGCCUGGCUGAAGAUGUAACUGAUUUUAUGUGACACACAGAAACUAAACCUCAAAAUGAAUGUGACACUGGUCUCAGCAGAGAAGCUUAUUUUUUAUUAGAAACACUUUUAAUGUUUGAUCUUAGGAAGCACCAUGGCCACAUCUGGUUUUAGGAUGGGGUGGGGGGAGUGUAUAAAUAAUAACGUUCAUGAAACACUGCCGUAAACGUGUCCGCCUUUUGCUGAUUGGAAUGAUUCAGCCCUGCUUAAAUGGCUACCAGGUUGAGAGGUUUUGGGUGAACACUGUUAGAAUAUUAUCACAAAUCCAAUCUAAUACCUGUUCAGUAAAAAAAUCCCUGUUGGUCCAUUAACAGUGAAGCUGCUCAAUUAUUGGAUACGCUGUACUGGUACACUGGCAUGUAUUUACAGCUUCAGUAGAACCUUGUGUGACUCAUGUAAUCUCUUGGUUCUCUUUGUCUUAAACUAACCAUUAAACACUAGUAGAUCACAUGGUGCGAGUUUGCAGUGAGCUCCACUUUAUCUCAGACUGUUUUUCUAAACAUGAUGCCUUAAUGCAUGCUAAUCCAAACAUUUUAUCAGCAUAUAAAACCUACAGUAGAGCAUGUCCAGGAUGUGCUAUUGAAUCUUCAUGCACCACCAGCUGUUUGAAGGUGUACCCAUUUGUGAAACACUCGCUAAUGUGUUGUCAUUCGACUGUGAACACCCUAAAGUUUAUAUAUUGCAAAUCCUAUUGAAAAAAUAAAAUGGAAGUACCAGAUUUGGAAACGCAUGUUUUUUCUCUUGCAUUGAAGAUUCAAUUUCUAUCAAAUAAAAUCACAAGUGCAAAAACAUCUUUGAUAACAGGAGGUUUUAUUUUAAUUCUUCAUGUUCUAUGGUUUCUCUUUUUGCAAAGCACCAAAUUUGAAAGAUAUUGAAAAUACAUUGGUUUUUCAUGGCUCCUUUAACGUUUGAUCGUGUUGAAGAUGCCGUGGAGCUCAUGAGAUGAGGGGAACUCCAAAGUACAGCAGUUUUCAUUUUCUUGCAUUUAUUAAACAGACUUAUGUCAUUGCCUGUAUUGUAGAUGGAGAAAUAACCACAGAGAAAGCGACACAUUUGAAUUAAUAAAAGGAAUUCCCAAGUCA